CAACAAAGUCAGACGACCAACUCUUCCAUCAUACAACAACAUGUGUACAUCAUAUUCAAUAUGCUGAAGGCAACAACAAAUAUCAAGAAUAUAUGACAAGGUAGAAACACGUAAAAGAAGUGAUCAAUUUGCAUAGGAAUCGCCUUCUCUUCUUUCGAGUGGAGUGGCGGAUUCCGGGAAGAUCACAAUGCGUAUAGGCAACGUAGGACAAAUAUCAAAGACGCUCUUGUCUUUGAAUCGUAGAGCUUUGUGCAAUUAUGAAGGCUUUGCGACGUCUUCAUAUGCUCAGGAUAUAGAGUAUAUUUGUGAAGCAGGUCCAUCCCGAAAUGGUGGCACGAAACAAAGCAGAAACGUAACCUCUCCGCAUAUAUCAAGCCUAUCCGAACAACGACCCAGUCAUACUCCAGAAAAUAAGAGGAAAGGAAGAAUACGGAUGUGUCCCGUAUCGUCAAUGAGCAGCUCGCCGCAUUUCAUUCGACUAUAUUCAUCAGCAGCUGAACCAGAAGAAGACACUCCCGUAUUCCACACUUCCACCAAUGACGAAACGAAAAGCAACCCAAAAAGGCUCAAUUAUCUGGAAAAAGUCGAAAAAGAGGUUAAUGCAGCACGUAUGCGUUUCAAGUCCAAAGGAAAGAAUGCAUUCAAUGACGAAUUUCGACAUCUGAUCCGCUUAUUCAUUGCAUUGGACAAAGCUCCUGUACACAAAUUAUGGCCGGAAGAGCGACCUAGGUUGAACGACAUUCGUCUUGCCGUCGCACACGAAAGUCUGGAGUUCUGUGAGCGAUACAAGGAUACCAAGAUCGCUGAUAAGGACGAGCAAAUCCGAUUCGACUGUCUACGUAUUCAAGCAAUUGCUAUCACCGAAGGUGCAGAAGUUGCAUUUGAUAAUCUAGAAGACAUGUUCGACAGGAACACCACUGUGAUGAACAACAUCAAGUCUAGUUUGGCUUUACCACCACAACAUAUUGAAUCAAAGGUGAAGGAAUCAGUCACCUCCGUCUCUUUAGCUCUGCAUCAGAUUAUUGACGCAAGCUUCUCCCAAGGUAACGACAAAGUGAACGAGUUGGCCAGACGAAUGUUAUUGAAUAGAGUCGUACUUGACUGGUUUGCAAAUCCUUCAAUAUUUGCGCGGAGGCGAUAUCAUAAGCUACUUACGAUGGUCGACUCUCCUUUGCAAUUUAUCACCUCGCUCGUGUUUGAAAACACGAACGAUGUCAAAGAGAUGAAUGAACCAGUAGAUGCGCUACUUAACGCCCUGAGCUCGGCUCGUCGUCAUCAAGAAGCUUUUCAGAUUUAUUUGUGGGCAGAACGAAUCGGGAUAAUCCAUAAAAUUUCAAUCUCGAAACGAUUCGUAAAGCGAUUAUUGAAUGCAAACGAACGGAGUAUGGCAGAUGUUGUGGAGAAGAUCAUGCAAACGCAGGUUUCCAAUUCAGAUAAGGAUACUAGUAAGGAUUCCGCACAACGUUUACUCGCACAAAGAUGCGCAAAACGUGGCGAUUCACAAGGCUUGGAGGAUAUUCUGGUACUCUUAUCCGACACUCCAAGCCCAGGUAAGAUGGACAAAGAAGAUUUCGCCUUCCUGAUGCGGCUAAGAAGUGCAUCAAAUCGUGGCGAGGUGGAUGUUUGCAUCGCAAUGCUAGAAACAAGAUAUUUUAUGGGAGAAAUGGUGCAAGGUCUUGUUGAGAAGCGAACGGAUGACGAGGGUAAUGAUGAAGUUACAGAUACCGAUAAGCCCGAAGCCGGACCAUCUCAAUACAGAUACCUGAUCAAAGCUCUUUUAAAAGCCGACAAAGUGGGCGAAGCCGAAUUGCUGAUUGAUCGAAUGACGGAAAACGGCAUUGAAGUGCGAAAGGAACUAUGGAUAGAUCUAUUGCGCGAUUACGUAAAACGAGAUGAUCCUUCUUCUGCCAUUACUCUUUUUGACGAUUUGAACAAGCAAGGUUAUCCAGGUGAUGGUGCGUUUCGAGCAAUUCUUUCCCUUUUUGCGCAGAAGGGGGAUGUUGAAAAUGCAAGUCAGAUUGUUCAACUUGCUAUCUCUAAAAAUUUCAGAGACGAGAUUCAACUUUACAAUGGCUUACUACAUGCACAUAUUCAAGCACGCAGCUGGCAAGGUGCAGUCAAUCUGUUCGAAUUUCUGCUCAAAAAUCCGAAUUCAAGUUUUCGUCCGGAUCAGAAGACGUACACCACAAUGUUACGAGCACAUAUAGCUCAACGUUUGCCAAUUCAAAAAACGAUUGAAUUUCUCAGGAAUAUGAUUCAAGCUGGAUUUUCACCUGAUGCGCAUGUUUUCACGAUUUUGCUAACUUCUGCUUGGGAUGCAAGAAUUGCUCCAAUUGCAGAGCAAUUAUUCACCAUGGCAGAAAAAUCUUUGGGUGGCAAAGGGGGCAUGCCACAUGGCAAGGGAGCUAACGCUCACCAUUUCACAGUGAUGAUCAAGGGAUAUCUUGCACUAAAUGAUGGAGAAACAGCCAAGUCGUAUUACGAUGAACUGGAUGCACGUAAAUUGCCCAUUGAUGGCACUCUUGCUAGCAUCAUUGUGGAUGGAUACGUACGUGAAGAGAUGCAAGAUGAUGAUUUAGAGGAAGAGGGAGAUCGAGAUAGUGACAGUGCAAAAGCCCUUGCAGGUGCUCAAGAGAUAGCAAAUCACUUUUCUGAAAAGCUACCUUCAGAAUACGUCACCAUUCAAUGGCCAAUCUUACAGCAGGCUAUGAAAAGAGGGGACGUCUUUAGGAUUCAACACAUCAUCCAAGGUAUGGUUGACAGGUCGAUUGAAGUUCCUUUGGAGGCGUGGACAAAUCUCAUGAGUGCUUUGCGUCGUAAUGAUAAUGUCAAGACUGCUUUGAGAGUAUGGGAAACUGUCUUUGCCAGAACACUUGAACGAGAACAACGAAUUGAGAAAUUAUCUCUUGCAGAAAAACCGCGUGAGGAAGGAUCUGCAAUUCGUGUAAAGGCAAGCAUGCGACAUGUUUUGUGUCCUCUUCUCUCAGAGACUAUCCUUGCCCUAAGAGAUGCAAAUCGACCGGAUGAAGUUGCAAAAAUUUGGACCGAAUGUCGUCAACAUGGAUUUGCAUUUGACAGUCAUAAUUGGAACCAUUUAGCAACAACUUUAUUUCAAUCUGGUCGUUUUUUGGACGCAUGUGAAAUCAUUGAGCAAAUUUUGAACGGAGAUCCACCUCGAUAUUGGUCAGAGGAAAAGCAAAUGAUUGCCUAUGAUCGUGCUCUAGAGGCUCAUCGUAGAAACAAACAAACCAAGGAAAACACUAGCGAUGUCACGCCUCUGCCACACUCUACAAAAGACACGGAAGAUGAUGCUUUGAGCGAUUUUCCCAAAUUUGAAGGUCAAAGUGAAGCUUUGUUUGGCAAAGAAGAAACAGAAAAACUAAGUCAAUCAGGUCAAAAGAUCGAACGACACUUGUUCCGCUUUCCACCUGAUGAUCCUUACGUUGUGGUUCCGGAUGAAAAUCAAGACAGCAGUGAGGAGACUGAUGCUGAUCCUUCUAUUCGCGAAGAGCAACAGGGUAACCUUUCGGAACGACCUGGCUCGAGCCCAGAUCCAGAUGAAAUGAUGGGACCGUUAAAAGCGCAAAAAGCUCUCGAUCAGCUUCGUUCGCCUUGGUUUGCUCACUUUGAAACUAUGGCAAUGCUAAAGGAUAUCAUAAACGAAGGCGAAGAUGCAGGUGGUGUGAUUAGAAUGAAGGGGAAUAGCACACCUUCAAAUAAGCAAGAAGAUAAAUUUACACGAAGUAGUUUGAUCACCGUUCGACAAUUACUGCAAACACAUCCUCGUUUGAAACAGUUGCUGUUCUUGUUUGAACGUACUUUGGAGGAUCUACGUGUGAAGGAACGAAGAAGGGAAUUCAAGGAUCGUACGAAAUUCCGUGUUCAACGCCAUCCACGCAUUGAUCGUACACAGGAAGUGCUUGCAGAUCCCGACGAUCCAAACAAUACUAGCUUGGGAUAUGGUGUGUUAGGUAGAGAAGGUAAUCGCUUGGAAGAAGAACAAGAUGAUGAAUACGAGGAAGAAGAAGAAGAGCUUGAAGAAGAUGGAGAAGGGUUUGAAGAAGAUGGAGAAACAGAAGAACAAGAUGAUGAAGGAGAUUGGAGGUCUAGAAAGAGGAUGUAGUUGCUAAUACCACUCAUACAUUUGUACUUUUAUUAACAAUCAAUUCGUUCGGUGCAUUGCA